UUGUACUGAAGAGGUUAAUUGAAGACUUAAAGUUCCCGCGUGAGGAGAGGAACGCGGAACGAACCAUCGGCGAGCUCUGUACAGGCGGGACGAGAAACGGUCCUUUCUGUUUGCCUUGCUCUCCACGAGGUUCCUGCUGCCUAUCACCACCACCAUGGCACUCGAACUUGCCCACGAGAACAUCUGGUUUGACAAGUGGCGUGUGGAUGAUGCAGAACGGCAGUUUUACGAGAAGAAGUCUUCGCCUGCCGUGGGACUGUCCUGUGCGAGGCAGUCUUGCACAGGACAGGUGUUAGGUCUGGACUACAAGUGUGGGUUGGUGAGUGAAGUUGGUGAGUCAUCCCCAGCGGGCAAUGAGAAUGGCAGGCUUCCUCAGCAGGAGGCUUCCCCCGUCGCCAGCGAGCCCAACGAGGAAGGCUCGGGCCUGGGAUCUGUGGCCAGUCAGAUUGCUAAGGCGCGGCAAGAGAUAAAGAAUUCCCUUGUGUCUGCAAGUCACACCACCGGUGGCCAAGUGUCUGCUGAUGUACUCAACCGUCUCACAAAGCUGGAGUCUGAGAAUUCUGCCCUGUCAAAGACCGUGUCAACAUUGGAAAAGACAGUAGUGCAGCUUGUCAAGAGGUUGGAAGCUUUAGAAUGUGGUGGCAAGACCACAGUCUCAGCUACCACCUCAACCUCGGCUCCCAGCAAGCCUGAACCCAUGGAGGAGGACGAUGACGACGAUGAGGUGGACCUCUUUGGUUCUGAUGAUGAUGAGGAGGAAGAUGAGGCAGCAGCUAAAGUAAGAGAACAGCGUCUAAAGGAAUAUGCAGAGAAGAAGUCAAAGAAACCUGGACCCAUUGCCAAGUCCUCCGUCCUCCUCGACUGCAAACCUUGGGAUGAUGAGACAGAUAUGGCAGAGAUGGAGAAGGAAAUCAGGAAGAUCGAAAUGGAUGGCCUUAAUUGGGGUGCUGCUAAACUGGUGCCACUAGCAUUUGGGAUCAAGAAGCUUUCCAUUCUGUGCGUAGUUGAGGACGAGAAGGUGUCUAUAGAUGAUCUUAUAGAAAAGAUUCAAGAAAAUGAGGACUUUGUCCAGAGUGUUGACAUUGCUGCAUUCAACAAGAUUUAAUUUAUGCAUUCCAGUGCUAAGAUAAAAAUAAAUUUCUCUAUGUA